AUGGCGACUCCUGAAAUCAAACACUUACCCCUGAAUGCCACAUUCAAGGGCAUCCAACGCGAUCCAAAUGUACCGGUUCAUCAAUUCCUAGGUAUAAAAUAUGCCAGUAUACCGGCACGGUUCGAGAAAGCCGAGCCUGUGCGCCAGUUCAAUGGAGCUGUUGUCGACGCCUCAAAAUACGGUCCGAUUUGUCCUCAACCAGAUGUGGACGUCCGCCAUCUUCUCCGUAUUCCAGAAGACUUCGCCAUUGCCCCCGAAGUACAGAAUGAAUUCGAAUGCCUGAAUCUAGAGAUUACCUGUCCUCCCAAGUCAGACACAGACCCUUUCCCUGUUCUGAUCUGGAUCCAUGGCGGCUCUCAGAUCGUCACAUUCUGCUCUGCAGCAUCUAAGAUCUGUGACCCGACUAAGAUUGUUGCCGAUUCUAUCAAGGCAGGCAAGCCUAUCAUCUUUGUGUCCAUUAAUUACCGCCUAAAUAUCUUCAGUUUUGGAGAUGGGAAGGAAAAGAACCUGGCGCUGAAAGAUCAGCGUCUCGGUAUUGAGUGGGUGCGACAAAAUAUCGCUGGCUUCGGUGGUGAUCCUCAAAAUAUUACCCUGUCGGGUGAAAGUGCCGGUGCUAUCUAUACCCAUGCUCAUCUCAUCACUGGACCUCCUGUGAAAAGGGCCGUCAUGGCAUCUGGAUCUCUUUAUCUGUCCUCGCCAUUGCCAGUUGAAAGGGGAGAUGGCCUUAUUAAAGUAUUAGAGGCGAAAGUCCGAGAGCUUGGUCAAACUUCACUGCGUGAAUCAUCUGUUCCUGCACUGGUUCAAUCAUUGAAAGAGUGCAAUGUGAAUACAAUGUGGAUCCAAGAGGAACCUGAACUGGAAGGCUGGGAAACUAAGCCUGAACAGGUUGAAGAAGUGAUGAUUGGCGAUGUUGAGUACGAGUCUGUUAUUUGGCGCAACGGUGUCGAGCUCCUCGACGGAGAGACGAUUGCAGCUGCAUUCGACAGCGAUAAGCAAUGGGGCAAUCAACUUCGAAAGAUGUAUCAAGUUGUCGGCGAUCGACCAACUGCCGCGAAGCUAGGAGCUCUAGAUCUCGUCAAUGAUAUUCGAUAUACUCUUCCGGUCGAGGUUGUUACUGAGAAGUUACGCGCGGCCAACAAGCAUGUCUUCCGAUACGUGAUUGACCAGUCUAAUCCAUGGCAACCAUCAAGCCGUGCACACCAUGCCGUUGAUCUGCUGUUUCUUUUCGACGGCGUUGAUCUAUCGUUCAAUCCUGCGGCUAGUGCUGUUGGAAAGGAGAUGCGGCAGCGCUGGAUUCGAUUUGUCAAUGGUAAUAAACCCUGGGCUGAGGAUCUGAGAUUUGCUUUUGGACCUGUGGGUGAGUGCAAGGAGAUUGAUGAGUUGCAGGUCGCUGCUCGUCGGAGACUUGAGCAUUCUGUUUCUAUCACUAUGCGUUCCGCUGAUUCCUUGUCGGGACCCGGGGAGUAUGAAAAGAUAUUCCAUUGGGCUGAGACUCAAAAGGAUGGAACUAUCCCUUCCUUUAAGACGAGACGUAACGAUCCUUACGAGUAUCAAUCCGGUUUUGGCAAUUCCUUCGAGUCAGAGGCCAUUCCUGGGACUAUUCCCCAAGGUCAAAACAGCCCUCGAAAUGUGAGAUUCGGUCUCUAUGCCGAACAGAUCACAGCCACUGCUUUUGUCGCUCCCAGACACUGUAAUAAGAAGGCUUGGCUAUACCGUGUCCGCCCUGCCGUGGCCCACCAGGGAUUUACAGAACUCCCAGACAAUAAAGAUACAGAGUCAAACUUCCUACCCUUGAACCCUCGCAUCCAUGUAUCCCCCACCCAGCUAGCAUGGCACCCCUUUGAUAUCCCCCAAGACGAAGUGGACUUCGUUUCAGGAUUAAAAACCAUCGCCGGCUCAGGUGACCCCACACUACGCGAAGGCCUAGCCACACAUGUCUACGUCGCCAAUUCAAGCAUGAAGAAGAAAUCAUUCGUUAACUCCGAUGGCGAAUUCCUCAUCGUUCCACAACAGGGAGCACUCGACAUUCAAACGGAGUUCGGUCCUAUCUUUGUACAGCCAGGCGAGAUCGUUAUCAUCCAGCGUGGUAUCCGUUUCAGUGUUAACCUUCCAGACGGUCCUUCGCGUGGAUAUAUUCUCGAAGUCUGGGGUACGCAAUUCGAGCUCCCUGAACUAGGACCUCUUGGUGCUAAUGGUCUUGCCAAUGCUCGGGACUUCUUGAGUCCUAUUGCUCAAUAUGAGGUCGUUCAAGAGCCUUGGGAGAUUAUUUACAAGCUCGGCGGCAAGUUCUUCAAGAGCACUCAGAACCACAGUCCGUAUGAUGUUGUAGCCUGGCAUGGAAACUACGUACCCUAUAAAUACGACUUGACCAAGUUUGUCAAUGUCGGUUCUGUCUCAGUGGAUCACAUCGAUCCGUCUAUUUUCUGUGUCCUCACAGCCAAAUCCCGAGAUCUCACUGCACCCAUUGCUGACUUCCUUACUUUCUCUCCUCGGUGGGAUGUUGCAUCACACACAUACCGACCUCCGUAUUACCACCGCAAUGCCGCAUCCGAACUAAUGGGUCUAAUCUACGGCGGUUAUGGUGGGCGCUCGGAUGAAUUCCAGCCAGGCAGUGUGUCAUUCGAAUGUGGCAUGGUCCCCCAUGGCGUUGCAUACGAAGAGUUCAAGGAAGCAACCGAUAGUGCACCACCGGUGAUGCAGAUCUCCCAGGCAUCGAUUGCGUUCAUGUUCGAGUCCUGUCGUGCUUUCACAAUUACUGAUUAUGCAUGGAAUAGCGAUAAGAAGCACGAGCAUGAGCCUAAGAUGUGGGAUAGUUUGGUGGACAAUUUCUCCAAGCAUGCUAAGGAGGUUGAAGAAAUUCUGGCUAGGGCGAAGAAAUAG